CAUUUCAUAUCGAAACCAUUCUCAAGUUGUCUCUCCUCUCUCACUCUCUGCAUGUUCCAUGGGUUCAAGUUUUCCAUCACAUGAUAAUAUAAUCUCUUUAGGUGGUUAUGCCAUGGACGGGGCAAGUUUUCCACCGCGUGAUCAUAAUAAUAUAAUUCCUCUAGGUGGUGGCUAUGCAAUGAAUGGGGCAAGAAUUUCAGAACCGAUACCAACUUCAAAUCCUUUUGAAAUGAUUCAAAGAGAACAAGAAAAAGAACGAAUUAGGGAGGAAAUUAUAGCAGCAGAAAUGAUGAGAUUGCAAACACUAGAAGCAGAGGUGAAGAAAGAGUUAGCCAUUGAGAGAGAGUUAAAGCUUCAACGAGAAAUAGCCAAGCCGACCUCGAGUCUUGCUAGGAUCAAUGGGAAACUUGUUGCCGUAGGAGGAUCUGGUUUUCAUCAGAAGGAACUGACUUGUGAUCUGUGCCAGGUGAGUGUUAAAAGCGAACUAGAUCUUCACGCCCAUAUCACGGGAAAGAAGCACAAAGAGAAUGAGGCAUCAUCAGUAGUUGAAGCUAAUCCAUUAAUAGCUAAUAUUCCAAGUAAUCCAAAGAAGGCACCUUACAAGGAAUUUACUUGUCAUAUCUGCGAUGUCAGUAUGACAUCUGAACAAAGUUUGAUUGACCAUGUCAAUGGCAAGAAGCACAAAGCAAAGAGGCAACACAGGCUAGCUACAAGGACGUUGGCAAUUCAGAAGUAAUAAGAAAAGAAAACGCCGGACAACAAAGUAAAAUUUGGGUCA